UACCGGGGGACAUCAUAGGUUGACGUACAAGGGUUGCACGAACGUAAAUACUGGGUGAACUGAACUGUGUUGUUUUUAUAGUUCACUGAGCAAGUUACAUAUUAAUAUGUCGUUAAUACAAAGAUCUAGUUUAUAGACCUUUUCUUCUAUUUUCUGUUAUAAGGUUAAUUUCGAAAAUCUAUACAGCGUAAGAGAGAGUCAUUAGAAUAGAAUAACUGUUCAACAUUCCCCCGAAAGAAAGCUGACUGUAAAAAUUAUACAUCAUGGAUGAAGAACCAGAGAGAACAAAACGCUGGGAAGGAGGAUACGAACGAACAUGGGAGGUGCUGAAGGAGGAUGAGUCUGGAUCUCUCAAAGCUACUGUGGAGGACAUUCUUUUCCAGGCAAAGAGGAAAAGAGUUUUUGAGAGUCAUGGACAAGUUCGGCUUGGGAUGAUGCGGCACCUCUUUGUGAUCAUUGACUCAUCUAGAUCAAUGGAAGAUCAAGACCUGAAGCCCAACAGGCUGACCUCCACCCUGAAGCUGAUGGAGUACUUUGUGGAGGAAUACUUUGACCAGAAUCCAAUCAGUCAGAUAGGGAUCAUUGCCACCAAGAACAAAAGGGCGGAGAAGCUCACUGAUCUUGCAGGGAACCCUAAGAAGCAUAUAGCAGCUCUGAAGAAAGCUGUGGACUCUACGUGUGUUGGGGAACCGUCCCUCUACAACUCUCUCAACAUGGCUAUGCAGACUCUGAAACACAUGCCUGCUCAUACAAGCAAAGAGAUCCUGGUUAUUUUCAGCAGUCUCACUACCUGUGACCCAGCCAACAUCUAUGAACUUAUCAAAACUCUGAAUGGUUUGAAAAUCAGAGUGUCUGUGAUCGGCCUGUCAGCAGAGGUUCGAGUGUGCACCAUUCUCACAAGAGAAACCGGAGGAACAUACAAUGUGAUACUGGAUGAGAGUCAUUUUAAAGAGCUGCUGAUGCAGCAUGUGAAGCCGCCUCCUGCCAGCUCCUCCUCAGAGUGCUCCCUCAUUCGCAUGGGUUUCCCUCAGCAUGUCAUAGCUUCAGUGUCUGAUCAGGAUGCCAAACCCUCAUUCAGCAUGUCGCACCUAGACAGCACUGGUGAGCCAGCACUCACUCUCGGCGGCUACUACUGCCCACAGUGCAGAGCUAAAUACACUGAGCUGCCAGUGGAGUGUAAAGUGUGUGGUCUGACUUUAGUUUCCGCUCCUCACUUGGCCCGUUCCUUCCACCACCUCUUCCCCCUGGACGCUUUCCAGGAGACCCCACUGCAGGAGUAUAAGGGAGAGAGGUUCUGUGAAGCUUGCCAAGGAGAGUUGAAAGAAAAAAGUGUGUUUAUUUGUCUAGCAUGUAAAAAAGUGUUCUGCGUGGAGUGUGAUCUCUUCAUACAUGACACACUGCACUGCUGUCCUGGCUGCAUGCAGACUGACAGGACGUCUUGAUGCAAGAUAGCCUGACUACAAGACAUCUAUGAACUUAAGUACAAGUAAAAACUGAGAUGGAGAAGAAAAAAAAGAGGAAUCAUCAGUCACAGAUUUAGAUUCUCAGUUUUGAGGGUUAAGGUAAUGAAACCCAACAAUCGUCAUCAAUUGGCAUCAUAUUACAUUGGUUUUCUAUUUACAUGCAUCAUAGAUGUGCUCAAGCUGUAAAUGUAUGUAGGGGCGCCCCCUAUGGGGAAAAGAGGCUCACUGGACCAAAUAAAACAACAGAGAAAAACA